AUGGAUACCGCGGCUCCAUCGGCGGGGCGACGCGCUCGCGCCUUCUGUUUGCUUCUUUCUUGCUGUCUUGUUGCCUUGCCUCUCUCUUCUGCGAACGCCCUCGUUCCUCCGUCCAGCGAAACAGUUGGACCCUCUUUCCUCGCUGCGUCUUCACAGUCGCCGGCGGAACCUCCUCAGGAGCGUCUGGCUGGGAAUCGGCGUGACGCGUCGCACAGUUCGUCGCUCCCGUCCGGAACCGGAAGCGCUCUGAGGAUCGAGGAAAUCGCCUCUUCUGGGUCUUCACCUGAAGUCCGAGAUGAAGCGCCACGGGCUCCGGCGACGCGGACGACAGAAAAAUUCAUUCGCCCGUACCACACUGGACCCAGUCACCGGUCGUCAGCCUACUCAGCCACUUCAGGCAUUCCUCUCUGCCACACAUGCAGCACCUUCGACGCUGCCAAAGGAGGCUGCCGUCUUUGUCUCCAUGGAGAAGUCGCCUCCGACUUCAUGAUGCCGAUGACUCCCAUUCGGAACAUCGACACACAUCGAGAGGAGACUCUGGCGCGCCUUGAGGCCAACCACAGGACGCAUUUGAACGAUAACAAGAACUUUUACGUGCUGCGCGGGAAGGGGCCGUUCGGUUCCCUCGGGAACCUCCCCGGAACGCCCGGUUUGGAUGCAGCGGUGGCUUUCGGAGUUGUUCCUCCCGAGCUCCCUUCUGCUUCUUUCGCUCAGACGCACAGCGGCCAGAACAGCAACCCUGGAGACGUGCAGGUCGGAGCAUCAGCCGGCGGUGCCGACGUUUCGAACGAAGCGACGACCUCGGACCUGGAUCUGAAGCUCGCCGAAACGUCCGUUCCCAUCCUGCAGAUGAAAGACAGCCAAUACGUUGGAGUCAUUGGAAUCGGAACCCCGCCUCAGUUCGUCAAACCGAUCUUCGACACUGGCAGCACGAAUCUCUGGGUGGUUGGUUCCAAAUGCAAAGACGACACCUGCACCAAGGUCACGCAAUUCGAUCCCUCUGCCUCGUCCACCUUUAGAACGGCCAGUCCCCCAGUGCAUCUGGAUAUUACCUUCGGUACUGGCCGCAUCGAAGGGAGCACGGGAAUCGACGACUUCACAGUCGGACCGUUCUUGGUCAAGGGACAGUCCUUCGGCUUGGUGGAAAGUGAAGGCGGCCACAACAUGCACGGCAACAUCUUCAAGUCGAUCAAUUUUGAAGGCAUUGUCGGUCUCGCUUUCCCCGAGAUGUCCAGCACGGGGGAUGUUCCCAUCUACGACAACAUCAUCCACCAAGGCACUCUGAAGGAGAACGAAUUUGCCUUUUACAUGGCAAAGGGCUCCCAGGUUUCGGCUCUGUUCUUUGGAGGCGUUGAUCCGCGAUUUUACGAGCCCCCAAUCCACAUGUUCCCCGUGACACGCGAGCACUACUGGGAGACUCCCCUCGACGCCAUUUACAUUGGAGACAAGAAGUUCUGCUGUGACGAAGGCACGAACAACUACGUCAUCCUUGACUCGGGCACGAGCUUCAACACCAUGCCUAGCGGCGAGCUCGGCAAACUGUUGGAAAUGAUUCCCCCCCAGGAAUGCGAUUUGGAAGAUCCCGAAUUUACCAAGGAUUUCCCUACAAUUACCUACGUGAUCGGAGGCGUGAAGUUCCCCCUGACACCAGAGCAGUACUUGGUGCGAAGCAAGGGCAACGAGUGCAAACCAGCGUACAUGCAGAUCGACGUACCAUCCCAGUUCGGGCAUGCGUACAUUCUUGGAUCCGUCGCUUUCAUGCGGCACUACUAUACUGUCUUCCGACGUUCCGACGGAACGCGGCCGUCUUUGGUCGGUAUCGCGCGCGCGGUGCACAGCGACGACAACAGGGCGUAUCUUUCGAACGUGCUGAAUGAAUAUCCCGGCAUGCAUAUGCGCAAACAGGAUUUGAUGAUGGAGAGGUCAAUGAAUGCUCCGUCGAUGCGUGAGUUGUGA